UAUUCUGAGAUUUUACUUCAUUUGAUGAAGGGUAAUCCACAACAACUCUCUUGAUGCUUCAGUGGACAUUGUUUUCAUGACAGCAGCAGAGCUGGAACUGCACAUUAUUUGAAAUGAACUGAGUGAGGUUGUCAUCAUUUUGAAGGCUGUCAUCUUGAACAUUGAACAUAGAAUUUGAAAUCAGAUUUUGUAGAAAAAUGUAGUAUGGCUAUCAUAAUCAGUUGCCUUUUAAUCCUAUUCCUAAAUGGCUACCAAGUCAAGGCACUGUCCUUUAUGCAAGGGCAGGAAGUCAGCCUGGUUUUCCCUUACCCAUGUAACAGUACAGAUAUCACACUAAAACAGUCAAAUAGAGUCCCAUUUUAUAGAUCUACAGCUGGGUCAUCACUUUACUUGCCCCCACAUCAAGCCCUGAGAUUCAAUGUUCAGAAUAGGAUUGAAAUUGGAACCUGCUCUCUGGAACUUACAAUAAGUGAUGUCACGAGAGGUGACCAAGGGACAUACAUUUUGUUUGUAUAUAAGGAUGGUCAUGAACAAUUUGAUCAUAAAGAUGAAAUAUUGCUUCAGGUAGAGUAUCCACCUGGUAAGGCAUCCUGCAUGGUAGGUGAAGAUAAGGGUGGAGAAUGGGUAGCAGUAAACUGUACAGCUAAUGUGGGAAGUCUACCAGGGAGGAUUGGGUGCUAUCAAAAUGGUUUAUGGAUGCCUCCCUUGACUGACCCUACAGAGACAGACUCUUUGUUGAAACAGACUAUUCUCAUCCAAAGAUCACAGCCAGCAUUUUGUUGUUCUUCUACUUUAAAUGAAUACAAAGAGAGAUGCAAGUGCCAUGAUACUGCACUAUUUUUAGAUGAUAGCAGUACUACUGUAGACCCUUGUCCUACCAUUACAACACAAACAUCAAUAUCAACUACUGUAAACAAAAGUGCAAUACAAAAUUACCUCUUUACAACGGCACCAACUACAGACAUAAAAGACUAUCACAAAUCACUACUUAUAUAUUCUCUUUUAUCAUCUCCUGUGGUCAUUGCUUUGUUCAUAGCAUUGGUAAUUUUACUCUAUAGACAGAGAAAAAUUAGCCAAGCUAACAGUAGUAAAAUUAAGUUAGAAGAGAAUAGUGAAGGUGAUCAAGGAAGCCUUACAGAGAGGCUGAAUCAAGCUCAGGAAUUAUAGAACUAUGCAUGAACUUGUCACAGAAAGGUCUGAAAAUAGGCAUCAUCACAUAUCAUUCAUGAAUAAAUGAACACAAGUUUCAAAAGGGUGAAAAGCAAACAUUUCUAUCUCAUGAUUCAUUAGACUUCAUGAUAGCCAGGUAGGAAUAUUUAAUUUCAAGCCUUGUUCAUUUGCUCCUUUUACAGAGUUGUUGAUGUACUUGUACAAAAAAUAGUUAUACAUGUAGUUUUAUAUGGACCUUAUAUGACAUCUUUCCAAAUGGUGGGCUUAGAAUGCUCGACCUAAGAAACAAGUAUCCAUUUAAAACACUGAUAAAAAAGUGGACUCAUUAUUGGACACUUUCUCUCUGGAUUAACCAUCAUUGUCCAUGGUUUCAAAGCACAGACACAUAAACAUCUUUGUGAAAUCAGGUCCUUUUGUUUGAUCAGCAAUUGACAUUUUAUAGAGUGAUUCACAUUAAAUCAGACAGCAAUAUUCUGAUUAUUCAAUUCAAUUCAAUCUUUAUUUCGCAAAAUAGGAUAAAAAUACAAAGAAACAUCAAAUAAUGUGA